AUGAAAGUUCUUAUUUUCUGGUAUACACUCUGUUAUAGCAUUGAAAGAACAACCCAGAUCGAAAAUGACAAAAAUGUUGGACAUUAUUUUGAUGAAUCUGUAAAAUCUAAAGAUGCUACUGCAGUGUCGUUCCUGAUCUGGGUUGGUCUUCCAUUUACUAUAACAAAGUCAAAAGGUCAAACCCACUGGGGAUCAAGAAGUAUACUAGCUAUUAUAUUAUAUUUCAAUAAAAGAAGAGUCAUUAUACUGCGGUUAACCAUCUUCAGAUUUUACGGAUUCAUCAAAAUAAUGUCUGACAAAAGGAAGACCAACCCAGAUCAGAAAUGA